UGCCACUUUUCAGUAGUUCUAGUUACCGUUACUUCAGAGUCUCAUCAAAGCCAUACAUUGUCCUUAGUCACGUAUCAUCUAUAUAAACAUUCUGCUCAUGCAUUACAUUACAGAAAUCCAAACAAGCAAUUAAAUAAUGUAUCCCAGGGUCAAGGUCAUGCAACAAGAUCAAGAUCAAGAACCCGAACAUGAACAUGAACAUGAACAUUCUCCACGAAAAGAAUUUAAACGAUCUUUGCUGUUCUUGAAGAUUAUCGAAUCUCUAGCUAUCCAAGAAAAGGAGAAUCAAAGUGAGUCACCAGACUCGCCGCCAUCUUUAGUUGCCCGAAUCACGAAACCUAAUGUUCUCAGCUUAACACCGCCACCGCCUGCAGUUUCUGCUACUAAAGUGAAGAACGAUAAAAAUAUUGGUGCAGAGAAUAACAGAGCUCAAUCAACUUUCCGGCCUCGGGCAGUCUUGUCUAGUCCUGCUAAUGACGAGAUAAUAGGAAGCAGAAGCAAGACUGGAAAAUCUCUGGCACCAAGAAAGUGCAACUCUGAAUUGAGAAAUCAAAACCAAAUCAAAGCUAUUGCUACUCAAAAUAAAGUAGAAAAGCCUUUAAGUCUCAACUUGAGAAGAGGAUCGAGUAUCAAGAACAUGAAGUUGUUCUAAUAUGAAACUUGAUUGAUUGUUAAUUUUUUAAUUAAUUUGAUUAUAUUUACAAAACAAUUUAUUGAUAUAUUAUAAUAUUAUAAAUUUUAUCUAUAAAUGAUGCCAUAAAUAGAGU